AUGAGAUCAGCCAUUAGUCAUGCCGUGCUGUUGGCACUGGUCCAGACAGCUUUCGCCCAGCAGACUCCGUACGGCCAAUGCGGUGGUAGCGGCUGGACGGGACCGACCACAUGUACAGCCGGAUGGCAUUGCAAAAAGGCAAAUGACUGUAAGUCUCUGACUAUCGGGCUCACGAAUAACAGCUCAUUCGAUAAUCAGGGUACUCACACGGAUUACAUCAAGGCUAUGAACCCGGGGUGGAACUUGGGCAACACUCUUGAUGCUAUCCCCAACGAGGGAUCUUGGAACAACCCGCCGGUCGUUGAGAAAACAUUCGAUGAUGUCAAAGCUGCGGGGUUCAAGAGCGUCCGUAUACCUGUCACCUACAGUGACCACUUCACCAGCGCAGCUCCCAACUACACCGUCGACGCGGCUUGGCUGCAGCGCGUGUCAGACGUAGUCGAUAUGGCCACUGCCCGUGGUCUUUACGUUCUCACCAAUGUCCACCACGACUCUUGGAACUGGGCCGACGUGACCAAAGCAACCACAGACGCAGACAUCCAAACCCUAAACGACAAAUUCUACAACCUCUGGCUCCAAAUCAGCCGCAAACUGGCUUGUAAACCCAACCUCGUCUCCUUUGAAUCAAUCAACGAACCCCCCGCCACAACAGCCGACCACGGCGCCCGCAUAAACACCCUCAACGACCUCUUCCUCAAAGCCCUUGCCGACAGCGGCGGCUUCAACACGCGCCGCGUCGUCAACCUCGUCGGCGGCGGCAUGGACGCCACGAAGACGACGCAGUGGUUCAAGGCGCCCGCGAGCAUCAAGAACCCUUGGGUGCUACACUACCACUUCUACAGCCCCUAUGACUUUAUUUUCUCCGCGUGGGGUAAGACUAUUUGGGGCUCGGAUGCGGAUAAGGCUGCGAUGAGGAACGAGAUGGCGAUUAUGAGGGGCAACUUUACGGAUGUGCCGUUGGUGAUUGGCGAGUUUGAUGCGAGUCCGUUGAAUACCGAGCCUGCUGCGCGGUGGAAGUGGACGGAUCAAUUUGUGCGGACGGCAGCGGAGUUGAAUACCGCUGUUGUGAUUUGGGAUAAUGGGUUGGAUCACCUUGAUCGCAAUGCGCAUGCCUGGCGGGACCCGACUUCACUCGGCAUUGUGAACACCGCCGUCAAGGGGACUAAGAAUUCCUUGCCGGACAGUACUGUCGACGCAUCAGCUACGACGCAGUCAUCGUCCGCGUACGUCUGGAACAAAGUUGGAACUGCGCCGGCGGAUCAGGCGCUUCCAUGGUUGUUCAACGGCAAUACCUUGCAGUCGGUGAAGACCACUUCGGGAACCACCUUGGCUGCGAAUACGGAUUACACCACAUCGGCUUCAUCCAUCACAUUCAAGGCGGCGUUCUUGUCGAAGUACUUAAAUGCUACCGCUGCGCCAGGGAGCAAGGCGAACCUAACCUUAGUUUUCUCUGCGGGAGCCACGUCUCAGGUCGAGCUCGUGCAGUGGGAUGUCCCGAUAGUGGAUGCAACAAGCUCUAAGGCCGUUGCGGGCACGGAUUUGAACAUUCCCAUCACGUACAAGGGCCUCAAGACAGUUGCUGCUGUCAAGGCUUUGCGGAGCGAUGCGGUCUACUUAUUUGAUGACUGGACACAAUACCUUGGCCCGUUGCAGCAAGCUCAUAUUACAUUCAGCGGACAGUGGAACUUUGAUGGCGCCAAGCUUAUUUUACCUUCUGCUACGGUUCAGGCUGUGAUUUCCGCUGGCAAGGCGACGACGUUCACGUUUGAGUUCUACCCAAGGAUUCCCGGGAACAACGUCACUUAUACUCUGAGCCCAUGA